CUGAAGCCGAUGUAGAAAACUGUCCUAAUCCUCAAACAACCAAAUUUGCUUUUAAAAUACAAUUUGAUCGGUAGUUGCUAAGUGGUGGCACCUUCGUCCAUGCUUCACUCUUUGUCUUCUCUCCUUCUCUUCAACUUUCUGUCUUCUUCGAUCUUUUUAUCAAUCAACAAAUUGAUCCAUUCCCUUUUAUCUCCCAGUAAUUGAAGAUGGUGGUUUUUGAAAACAAAGCUAUUCCUAAGCUUCUUUUAGUGUGUCUCUUCGUCCAAUUCUCAGUCUCCGCUGCUAAUUUCUUCCAACCAUUCAAUGUUACGUACGACCACAGAGCUCUGAUCAUCGAUGGUAAACGCCGUAUGCUCAUUUCUGGUGGAAUUCAUUACCCUCGUGCUACUCCUCAGAUGUGGCCUGACCUGAUUGCAAAGAGCAAGGAGGGUGGAGCAGAUGUUAUUGAAAGUUAUACAUUUUGGAAUGGGCAUGAACCAGUCAGAGGGCAGUAUAAUUUUGAAGGAAGGUUUGAUCUUGUCAAGUUUGUGAAGCUAGUGGGAGACAAUGGACUCUAUUUCCUUCUCCGUAUAGGUCCUUAUGUUUGCGCUGAGUGGAAUUUCGGAGGCUUUCCUGUCUGGCUGCGAGAUAUCCCUGGCAUAGAGUUUCGAACAGAUAAUGAACCUUUUAAGAGGGAGAUGCAGCGCUUUGUAACGAAGAUUGUGGAUUUGAUGCGGGAGGAGAAGCUCUUUUCCUGGCAGGGUGGUCCUAUUAUCCUCUUGCAGAUUGAGAACGAAUAUGGAAAUAUGGAGGGUUCAUAUGGCCAGAAGGGGAAAGAGUACGUCAGGUGGGCUGCUAACAUGGCUUUGGGUCUAGGUGCUGGGGUUCCCUGGGUGAUGUGCAAGCAAACUGAUGCUCCGGGUGAUAUAAUAGAUACCUGCAAUAAUUACUACUGUGAUGGUUAUAAACCAAAUUCCCCUAACAAACCAACAAUCUGGACAGAAAAUUGGGAUGGAUGGUACACCUCAUGGGGAGGAAGAUUGCCUCACAGACCAGUUGAAGAUCUUGCAUUUGCAGUAGCACGUUUUUUCCAGCGUGGAGGGAGCUUGAUGAACUAUUAUAUGUAUUUUGGUGGGACAAACUUUGGCCGUACUUCCGGUGGGCCCUUCUAUAUUACUAGUUACGAUUAUGAUGCUCCAAUUGAUGAGUAUGGUUUACGAAGUGAGCCAAAAUGGGGACACUUGAAAGAUCUUCAUGCUGCUAUUAAGCUCUGUGAACGUGCUCUAGUGGCUGCUGAUUCACCUCAGUAUAUGAAAUUGGGACCAAGGCAGGAGGCACAUGUAUACUGGGAAAAUACCCAGAGUACUGUUCUGAACACUACCCUUUCUGAAAGUCAAAGUGCAUGCUCUGCUUUUCUUGCAAACAUUGAUGAGCAUAAUACUGCGACCGUAAUAUUCCGUGGUAAAUCAUACUCUUUGCCACCGUGGUCUGUAAGCAUUUUACCUGACUGCAGUAAUGUGGCAUUCAACACUGCAAAGGUUGGAGCACAAACUUCUGUGAAACUGGUAGAGAAUGCCCUAUCUCCAAAAAUAUCUGCACCUGAACUUGUCAUGACCAAAAAUGAGGUUUCCAGUAUCCCAGAAUCCUGGAUGUCUGUAGAGGAGCCAAUUGGUAUAUGGAGUGAGAGCAAUUUUACCGUUCAAGGCUUGUUGGAGCAUUUGAAAGUGACAAAGGAUGAAUCUGAUUAUCUCUGGCAUAUGACCAGAAUAUAUGUUUCUGAUGACGAUGUUGCAUUUUGGGAGGAAAAUAAAGUUAGCCCCACUCUUGUAAUUGAUAGCAUGCGUGAUGUAUUGCGGAUAUUUAUUAAUGGGGAGCUUAUAGGCAGCGUAAGUGGUCACUGGGUCAAGGUGUUGCAGCCUGUCCAAUUUCAACAAGGUUACAGUGAUUUAAUGCUGUUAUCUCAGACAGUUGGUUUGCAGAACUACGGUGCCUUUCUAGAGAAGGAUGGUGCUGGGUUUAGAGGACAAAUUAAGCUUACUGGAUUUAAAAAUGGGGAUAUUGACCUUUCUAAGGCUUCAUGGAUCUACCAGGUUGGCCUGAAGGGUGAGUUCCAGAAAAUAUUCACCAUAGAAGAAAAUGAGAAAGCAGGAUGGACAAACUUGAAGCUUGAUGAUACUCCCUCCACAUUUACUUGGUACAAGGCAUACUUUGAUUCUCCCGAUGGGUCAGAGCCCAUUGCUAUUGACUUAGGAAGCAUGGGAAAGGGCCAAGCUUGGGUCAAUGGCCAUCAUAUUGGAAGAUACUGGAAUCUGACAGCCCCAAAAGAUGGAUGUCCGGAUAGCUGUGAUUAUCGUGGAGCAUAUGGCUCCAACAAGUGCAUGACAAAUUGUGGGAAGCCCACUCAAACCUGGUACCAUGUGCCAAGAUCAUGGUUACAGGCAUCAAACAAUUUACUUGUGAUAUUUGAAGAAAUUGGUGGGAACCCAUUUGAGAUUUCAGUCAAAUUACGUGUGCCUCGAAUUCUCUGUGCUCAAAUGUCCGAGUCCUACUAUCCACCUCUUCGAGAAUGGCUUCAUCUAGAUCUUAUUGAUGGAAAAGUCUCCAUAAGUGACAUGAAACCACAGAUUCACUUGCAGUGUGAAGAUGGGCAUAUAAUCUCCUCUAUAGAAUUUGCUAGCUAUGGAACUCCUCAUGGAAGCUGCCAGAAUUUUUCUAAUGGCAAUUGCCACUCUCCAAAUUCAUUGUCUGUGAUAUCCGAGGCUUGUGUAGGAAGAAACAGUUGUUCCGUUGAAGUUUCAAACUCUGGAUUUGGAAGUGACCCUUGCCGGGGUGUUCUCAAGACAUUGGCUGUUGAAGCUAGAUGUGUGUCAACAUCAACUAUUGGAGUCUCCCAGUUCUAAUUCGACAGGAGGGUGAUGCAAUGAAGAUAGUUGUUGUUAACCGGGUAACUACCUCUGCUUAGUUGCAAACCAGUUGCAAUGAGCAUUUCAGUUACAUCGUUUGUACAAGAUUUCAGAAGCUUGUAUGUUCAGACAUGUUUUCUGAAUAAUACCGGUAUCAAGCAAUUCCUGUACUAUAUGUAUGUAAUAAUGCGGUGAACUCUAUAUCUGAAGUUUUAAUGUUGUAAAUAAACUGUAUAUAGUUUAUAUCAUGGCAAUCUGAAACACAAUAAA